UUAAACCCCUCCCCUGAGUCCCCUCCUAAAGAUGGACGGUAUUACUAGUAGAUUGAAAGGGAUCUUAAACUGGUCUAUAAGGCAGCAAGAGAGAGGUAAUGGAGGAGCCACGCAGACACAAGAAGAACAUAAUGACCCACAAAGACUGGAGUGGUUGAAAGAAGUGUUGCAUUCAGUAUCAACUAAACCAAGUGAGACUGACCUCCUCAAGGGAGCUCUAUCAAUACUUGAAAUACACUCGGACAAACCAUCAUUUAGUCAGGAAGAGUUGGAUGCUCUCAAACAAUCUUUUGAAGAUGUCGAAUAUUUUGUUGAAGAUUUGGACCAUGCCUCAGAUUUGAUACCAUUGAAAGGAAUAGCAACUAUCAGUAAAUACUUAUUGCGCAAUGAGAGUGAUUUGGUUGGUUCUGCUUGCAGUAUUAUAACUAAUGCUUCACAGAAUCAUGAACCUUGUCAGAAAGAGUUCACACAAUCGUCUCUCAAUCACUUGAUUCAGUUGCUCUCAGGAACCAACGAGGGAUUGCAAAGGAAGGCUAUAUCAGCUAUAUCAAGUUUGGUGAGAGGCUACAGCCCAGCAAGAGAGCUAUUUUUAGAAAACGAUGGACCAAAUUUACUACUCUCAUCUUUAUAUGGGGCCAGUGACAGACUAAGCGUUAAAAUAUUCUUUUUCCUUCAGCACCUGUACAUUGAACCACACUCUAAUCUCGAGCUGCUAAUAGACGACCUUAUUGACGCUAUUAAUAAAAAUAUAAAAACUUUUAAAGACAACGUUGAUCUUCUUGAACAAUCUUUACUGACGCUACACCAAAUGCUACAGACAUACCCUGAGAGGACCAGAUUGGUAGGAAGGGAAAGGGGUGUGGUCAUAGAUAGCCACACCCUCCAAUUAUUAAGUGAAUCAGUGAGUGAGGAGACUCAGGAAAAACUAAAAGAACUCUCGUUUAACUGAAAAUGAUAUUAUUUUUUUGUUAUUAUUAUUAUUAAUGUUUGUUAUUAUUAUUACAACAAUCAGAGUGAGGGAAUUAA